CGUUGAGCGUGCAGAGGACAGGACUCGGGCGUUGAGUGUGCAGAGGGCGCGGACGGACGCAGAGAAGCAGACCUCAUCUCCAGACUCCCUGUCCUCCGGCUGAAGUGCCUUUGAGCCGGACGCUGAGCCUGUGCCAGGAAGAGAGAGAAACCCCAGAGCCAUUCCAGCAUGGAGGGGAGGCGAGGUCUCCUCCUCAGCCUCAUCAUGGCAGCGUGUUUCCACGGCAACGCCGCUCUGAAGACAGUCUGCACUCAAGAGGCUGUAGCCGACAUUGUCUUCAUGGUCGACGGCUCGUGGAGCAUCGGCAUGGAGAACUUCCAACAGAUCCGCCAGUUUCUGUACACGCUGGUCAACAGCUUCGACGUCGGCCCCGAGCACAUCCGCAUCGGGCUGGUGCAGUACAGCACGACUCCUCGCACCGAGUUCCUGCUCAACACCUUUCAGAACAAGGCGGACAUCCUGCAGUACAUCAACACCCUGCCUUACAUGGGGGGCGGCACCAAUACGGGCCAAGGCUUGGACUUCAUGCUGAAUAAUCACUUUGUGGCGGCAGCUGGAAGCCGCGGGGGCCAGAAUGUGCCGCAGAUCGCUGUGGUGAUCACUGAUGGCAAAUCGCAGGACAACGUGGAGUCCCACGCCCAGGAUCUGAAGAGAAGGGGAAUCAUUUUGUACGCAAUUGGUAUCAAAGAUGCAGAUGAAGAGCAGCUGAAAGAGAUAGCCAAAAAUCACGUCUACAGCGUGUCGGACUUUGCAGCACUGCAGGGAAUUUCUCAGGGCAUCGUCCAUACCCUUUGCACGACGGUAGAGGAAGCCAAACGAGAACUCCUGCAAGUAUCUCAAGAAUGUUCCAAAGCCACUGUGGCCGACAUCGUCUUCCUGGUCGACGGCUCCUCCAGCAUCGGCGCCAACAACUUUCAGGAGAUCAAGGUGUUUCUCCGAAGUGUCAUCGCAGGCCUCGACAUCGGCCCCGACAAAGUUCGGAUAGGCGUGGCUCAGUACAGCGAUGAUUUUUACAAGGAGUUCCUGCUGAAGGAUCACAUGGACAAGAACUCGCUGCUGGCCGCCGUGGACGCAUUUCCCUACCGACAAGGAGGCACGGAAACAGGCAAGGCCAUCGACUUCCUCCUGCAGCAGUACUUCAAGGAGGACGCGGGGAGCCGAGCCAACCAACGGGUGCCUCAGAUCGCUGUCGUCAUCACCGAUGGAGACUCCACGGACGAUGUUAUACAACCCGCCCAGCGCCUGAGGCAGCACGGAGUCAUCGUGUUUGGUAUCGGGGUAGGAGAAGCCAACCUGAAGCAGCUUGAGUCCAUCGCUAACCGGCCACGAAAACGCUUCCUCCACUCCAUCGAUAGCUACCAGGCUCUGCAGAGGCUGACGGAGGGUCUGCUGAGGACUGUUUGUGUCUCAGUGGUAGAUCAGGGGGAAGCCUUGGCAGAAACUUUCGCAGACAUCUUCUUCCUGGUGGACAGCGGCGUGACUGCAGCAGAGUUCCAGCAGAUCAGAACCGUCCUCGUACGACUGUCCAAUCAAAUGAACAUCGGCGCGUCCGCCUACCGUCUGGGCUUGGCGCAGUACGGUAAAGACGUCAAGGUGGAAUUUCUUCUUAACGCUCACCAAACCAAAGAGGAGACGCUGAAGGCUGUUAAGAUUUUCCGCCAGCGCAGACUACCACCCAACGAGCCUCGCAAACUGGGCGGCGCAUUGCAGUACGCCAGCACUCACUUUUUCACAAAGGAAGCAGGAAGCCGGGCGAGCGAAGGCUACCGAGAGUUCCUGGUUGUUAUAAGUGGAAAAGACUCAGACGAUUCGGUUUAUAAGGAGUCACGUCUGAUCAAAACAUCCGGAAUAACUGUGGUGGGGUUGAGCCUCGGUGCAUCGGAGCAGGAAAUGCGUGUCAUAGCCACUGAUCCGUACAUUUACCAGUCUAUCACCAACAUUGUUCCCACACUGAGGGCUACCUUUGAAAACGAGGAAAAGCAGUUAACUCAAACUCUAGAUUGCAAAGCAGCCAAACUGGCAGACGUCGUAUUCAUCGUCGACGAGUCUGGAAGCAUCGGAAAGGAACGAUUCCAGCUGGUGCGAACUUUCCUGCACUCGAUGGUGAACGUUCUGGAAGUCAGUCAGUCCAAAGUGCGAGUGGGCAUCGUGACGUACAACACCAAGGCCACGGCGCAGGUCUACCUCGACAGCUUCGAUGACAAGAAUGAUUUGCUGAACUUCAUCAAAAUCCUGCCUUAUCACGAAGGUGGAACGCACACCGGAGAGGCCCUAAAGUUCACCCAGGAGAGGGUUUUUAUCGACAAACGAGGAAGCAGAAAGGACAAGGGCGUCCAGCAGGUGGCGGUGGUCAUCACAGACGGGGAAUCCCAGGACAACGUGAGCACCGCGGCGUAUAAUCUUCGGCGGGAUGGUGUCACGAUUUACGCAAUUGGAGUCGAAAAUGCCAACGAGGCCCAGUUGGUAGAAAUGGCAUCGUAUCCCCCCCAUAAGCACAAGUUUAUCGUGGACAGUUUUGCCAAGUUGAAGUCGCUGGAGCAGAGCCUGCAGAAAACCAUGUGCCAAAACAUCCUUCAGCAAGCGUUCUCCGUCAGUACGAGAACAACUGCCAUCAAAGAAGGCUGCGUACAAACGGAUGAGGCGGACAUCUUCUUUCUGAUUGAUCAUUCAGGAAGCAUUCAUCCCAACGACUUCCAAGACAUGAAGACGUUCAUCAUCGAGUUUCUACGCACCUUCCGUAUCGGGCCCCAACAUGUCCGUAUUGGGGUUGCAAAAUUCGCGGAUUCGCCAGACUUAGAGUUUGAUGUGAAAGACUACACAGAUACCACGACUUUGGAGAAAGCCGUGGAGAAUAUUCAGCAACUAGGAGGAGGGACCGAGACAGGAAGGGCGCUGGAAUUCAUGGGCCCAAUCUUUGAGCAAGCGGUGUUGUCUCGCGGUCACAAAGUCCCAGAGUACCUGGUGGUCAUCACAGAUGGAAAAUCCACUGACAAGGUCAAAGUUCCCGCAGAGAAACUGAGGGCGCACGGCGUCACCGUGUACGCCGUCGGCGUGAAGGAUGCAGAUGAAAAUGAGCUGCAAGAGAUUUCCGGCAACGCCAAAAGGACCUUCUUUGUCAAUAAUUUCGAUGCUUUGAUUCCCAUCAAGAACGAAAUCAUCACAGACAUCUGUUCUGAAGACGCUUGCAAAGAUGUACCAAGCGACCUCCUUUUCUUGAUCGACAGCUCUGGGAGCAUCUAUCCAAAAGACUACGAGAAAAUGAAAGAGUUCAUGAAAGCCGUCAUCAGCAAGUCCUUCAUCGGGAAGAAUGAGGUGCACGUCGGCGUCAUGCAGUUCAGCAACGUGCAACAACUAGCGUUCCCCCUCACCCGUUACUUUAGCAAGGAAGAAAUGUCGGCAGCCAUCAACGAGAUGCAGCAGAUCGGCGGAGGCACGCUCACAGGCGAAGCCAUCACGGAUGUGUCGCAGUACUUCGAUGAAGGCAGCGGAGGGCGCCCUGGCAUGAGGCAGAGGCUGGUGGUGAUAACGGACGGCGAGGCCCAAGACGAGGUCAAAGGCCCCGCUGAGGCUCUGAGGGAAAAGGGAGUGGUGGUGUACGCCAUUGGAGUGGUGGACGCCAACACCACCCAGUUGCUUGAGAUCAGCGGCUCCCCAGACAGGGUGUAUGCGGAGAGGGACUUUGAUGCUCUGAAGGAUUUGGAGAGCCAGCUGACUUUGGAGCUCUGCGAUCCAGAGAGAGAUUGUAAGAAGACAGAAGAAGCUGACAUUAUUUUCCUUGUGGACGGCUCCACAAGCAUAACCCUCCCCAAGUUCAAAAGCAUGCAGAAGUUCAUGGAGUCAAUGGUGAACCAAACCACAGUUGGCAAGGACCUGACUCGCUUCGGGGUCAUUCUCUACUCCACCGAUGCCAAAUCUAUUUUCACUCUGAAACAGUAUAGCUCCAAACAGGAAGUUCUUAAUGCAAUUAUGGCACUGAAGUCGCCAUACGGAGACACCUACACCGGCAAAGCUUUGAAAUACUCGUUAGAGUUCUUCAACAAAGAACAUGGCGGUCGAGCGGAUCUCAAGGUGCCACAGAUUCUCAUGGUGAUCACAGACGGGGAUGCUACCGACCGUAACAGUCUGGUUGCACCGUCCGUGGCACUGCGAGACAAAGGGGUCAGCGUCUUUAGUAUCGGAGUCGAAGGAGCCAACAAGACACAGCUGGAGAUCAUGGCUGGACAUGAAACUUCCAGAGUUUUCUACGUAGAUAACUUUAAAGCCCUGGAAACUCUCUACAAGAAUAUUUCUCAUGUCCUCUGCAAUUCCACCAAGCCAGUUUGUGAAAAACAGCAGGCUGACCUGGUCUUCCUGUUGGAUCAGUCUGGCAGCAUUGACCAACAGGACUACACCACCAUGAAGAAGUUCACCACAGACCUGGUGAACAGCUUCAAAGUCAGUGAAGAUUUAGUGCGGGUAGGACUUGCCCAGUUCAGCGACACUUUCCAAGAUGAGUUUUACCUCAACAAGUUCUACAGCGAGGAAGCCGUAACCAAGCACAUUUUGGCAAUGGAGCAGUUGGGCGGAGGCACCCUCAUCGGAUCGGCCCUGGAUUCCAUUAGGGAUUAUUUCGAGGCGUCACGGGGCGGCCGAAGAUCUGACGGGAUCUCCCAGAAUCUGGUGCUGAUCACAGACGGUGAGUCGCAGGAUGAUGUGGAGGACGCAGCCGACCGUCUCCGAGCUCUGGGGGUCGAGGUGUUUGUCAUCGGCAUCGGAGACGUCCACGACCUGCAGCUCCUGCAGAUCACUGGCACCCCGGAGAGGUUGUUCACCGUGCGGAACUUCGGCAGCUUGGAAAACAUCAAGCAAAAGGUGGUCGACACAAUCUGCAAAUCUAAACCCCACGAAGAUGUUAAGGGCUGCACCAUCGAUAUCGCCAUGGGAUUCGAUAUAUCUCGAAGGACCGGAGCUCUUGAUCAGGUGCUGAUUAGCGGCCACACCAAGCUCCAGACCUUCCUGCCAGAGAUUGUCCGUUACGUUUCCUCCGUACAAGGCCUGUGCUGCGUCGGCCCCGCACCCGUCAAGACCAACAUCGCCUUCCGAGUGGUGGGUCGGGAUGGACGCUCCCUGUACGACUUCAACUUUGAGGGCUACAGCGCCGACGUGGUGAAGAAAGUAAUGAGUGUGCAGUUGACACAGCCUACUUAUUUCAACACCGCUAUGCUGCAAUCCUUCGCGCAGAAGUUCAGCGCCGAGUCCAGAGCUGGUGUUAAGGUGCUGGUGAUCUUCUCUGACGGACUCGAUGAAGACGUGAUGAAACUGGAACAUGACUCCGAUCUGCUGCGAAAGUCUGGGGUGAGCGCCCUGCUGACGGUGGCUCUGGAGGGGGUGCGUGACCCCGCCCAGCUGCAGAUGGUGGAGUUUGGCCGAGGAUUCGGCUACAAGCUUCCUCUCAGCAUCGGCAUGCAGAGCGUCGGCAGCACCAUCCUCAAACAGAUCGACACGGUGUCAGAUAGGGAGUGCUGUGGCGUCAUGUGCAAAUGUUCGGGACAUGAAGGCAGCCGGGGCAUUCGGGGCCCCCCGGGGUCAAAGGGCGUGUCGGGACAGAAGGGAUUCCCCGGUUUCCCAGGAGACGAGGGCACAGCUGGGGAGCGAGGGGGUCCCGGGCCGAGGGGACCUCAGGGGGUGCAGGGCUGUUCUGGGCUCAGAGGGUUGAAGGGCAACCGAGGUCUCCGUGGAGACCGGGGCGAGGAAGGACAAGAGGGACUGGACGGAGUUAGCGGAGAACAGGGAGUGCCGGGCAAAGCUGGAGGCCGAGGAGUGAGAGGAGACCCAGGAAACCCAGGUAUCCCGGGUAUCAGAGGAGAGGCGGGGCCAAAAGGAGAGCGAGGACUCAGAGGAGAUCCGGGGGAACCGGGGGCUUCUAACACCGUCCCAGGAGCCAAAGGAGAGCCCGGGAACCCAGGUUUACCGGGAACACCUGGACAGGACGGGCGGCCGGGGGAGAGUGGAAUCGUAGGAAACCCGGGUCCAGAUGGAAGAAGAGGGGCGCCCGGCGAGAAGGGUCCACCUGGAGCACCAGGAGAUCUGGGACUCCAAGGCGUCCCCGGAGCUUCAGGUCCACAAGGCACCAGAGGGGUCAGAGGUCAGCCUGGACCCAGAGGAAUCAUCGGCCUACCUGGACCUCAGGGAGGACCGGGACCAGCUGGGAACCCGGGAUCAGCCGGGCGCCGUGGAGCUAACGGACAAAAGGGCCAACCAGGAGACCCAGGUGAUGCAGGAGCUCCAGGAUCACUGGGACCCCGAGGAUUGCCGGGUCAGGACGGCAGAGACGGUUACGGACCUGCAGGGCCUAAAGGUGUCAAGGGAGAUCCUGGUUUCCCUGGUUACCCCGGUCUGAGGGGUGAGGAUGGCCUUUUGGGACCUAAAGGACAUCCAGGAAGGAAAGGGAACCGAGGUCGAGGAGGGAACUCAGGCAGGCCGGGAGAGUCAGGCGUGUCUGGAGAUCCAGGAUAUGCAGGACACAGGGGUUCCAGAGGACCUCCUGGAAGCAAAGCCAUGACUGAGUGCCAGCUGAUCACCUACAUCAGAGACAACUGUGCAUGUUCCCAUGGCCGAUCAGCGUGCCCGGCCUACCCCACCGAGCUGGUUUUCGGUCUGGACAUGUCGGAAGACGUGACCCCGGCAGCCUUCGAGAGGCAGCGCGCCGCCCUCCUCUCCCUGCUGGACGACAUCACCAUCUCUGAGAGCAACUGUCCGUCGGGCGCUCGCGUCGCCGUGGUGGCUUACAGCGCCUACACCAAGUACAUGAUCCGCUUCCAGGACUACCAGCGCAAGAGCCGGCUGAUCGAAGCUGUGAAGAACAUCGCCCUGGAGAGGACGUCCAACCGGCGCAAUCUGGGGGCCGCCAUGCGCUUUGUGGGUCAGAACGUCUUUAAGCGCGUCCGUGCGGGUCUGUUGACGAGGAAGGUGGCAGUCUUCUUCUCUAACGGGCCUGCGCAGGAUGUUAACGACGUUGUCACCGCCAUGAUGGAGUACCGCGGCCUCAACAUCGUCCCAGUGGUCAUCUCGCUGAAGAACGCUCCCGCUAUUAGUCGAGCAAUGGAGGCCGACGACUCGGGGAACGCCAUCUUCACGGUGCUGGGGAGGGACAUGGCUGUCGACCUGAGGAAGGUCCAGAACUGUGCAAUCUGCUACGACCCGUGCAAACGUUUGGAGCAGUGCGCCUUCAUCCAGGAGCCGGUGCAGCCCCAGCAGGCGGACGUGGACCUGGCCCUGGUGCUGGACGGCUCCAGGGAGAUGCAGGCCGAUGAGUACGCCGGCGGCCAGCAGCUGCUGGGCUCUGUGGUGGAACAUCUGGCCGUGAGCCCACAGCCCCGCAGGGCCGACGGCCAGGCCCGGGUGGCUGUGGUCCAGCAGAGCGGCUCCCAGGCUACCAAGGUGGAGUUUGGCCUGGGGACGUACCAGAGCAGCACGCUGAUGCGGAGGCACCUGAUGGGGAACAUGACUCAGCGGGGCGGCUCCUCGGCGCUGGGGAAGACGCUGGACUUCACCCUGAAGGAGGUGCUGAUGAAGGCCGGCCAGCCGAGGAGGAGGAGGGCGCUGCUGGCCGUGGUGGGCACCAAGACGGCCUCCGAGGACCGAGAUAUGCUGCGCUACAUCUCCCAGAAAGCCAAAUGUGACGGCGUGGCGCUGUUUGUGGUGACGGUUGGCGAGCGCUACGACCGGGCCCAGGUGGAGGAUCUGGUCAGUGUGCCGGUAGCGCAGCACCUGAUCCACCUGGACCGACUGAGGGCCGACGAGCAGAGCUACGCCCAGCGCUUCUUCAGAGUCUUCCUCUCCGCCCUCAGCAAGGAAAUGAACACCUAUCCUCCUCCUUCUUUCAAACGGACCUGUGACCAGCUCAGAGGCCAAGACGGAGGACAAAUAUUCAUAUCUGGUCAGGGGACAGCAGUGGUGGACCGAGGGGUUUGCACAUUUGCCCCGUGGGGUGCAGGUUUUCUGAUUAGGCUGCUGUUGUUGAGCUGCUGCCCCAGAGGAUUGUUCCUAGUGUGUGUAGUAAAUGUGUGUGUUCUGCUUUCAGCCCAGUGUCUGCUGCAUAGUGAUACUGGUAUCCAGUGUGGGGACUAUGUCCAAGCGUGGUUCUUUGACAAAGUCAUCGGUGCAUGCUCUCCCUUCUGGUACGGCGGUUGCGGCGGUAACGCCAACCGCUUUAACACAGAAAACGAAUGUGCCCGGACAUGUGGCGCCCAUAAUCCCAACAUCCUGCCGAUUCCAGAGCUGGCCAGCUUCGCCUCAAAAGACAGCUGUUUCCUCAGCCAGGACCAGGGCGGCUGCCAGAACUACACCAUGAUGUGGUUCUUCGACACCGAGCAGAGGGAAUGCUCUCGCUUCUGGUACGGCGGCUGCGGCGGCAACGGAAACCGCUUCAAGACGCAAGACGAGUGCGAGAGCCUCUGUCUGACCAAGAGCCGAUGAGGAGGGGACGCCUCCGGAUCACCACCGUACAACCCAAAAAAAAGAAAAAACAUACAUACACACACAUGCAUCUUCCAGGGAAAACACCAAAGAGACUUUAUGAAUUCAUUCACAGCUGAGGGUAUUCUGGGACAUUUAAACUGCUAAUUAAAUUUAGGUUUUUAAAAACGCCUUCAGGAAAAGUUGUUCUUUCUUAUCUCAGAGCUCUCUUUUUAUUUUUAUUUUUUAAACCUUCACCAUUUUGCAAUAGAAAACUCUUGAAUGUGAGGUCCUGAUUGUGUGUUGAGUGUUUAAAGCUCCUUCACAGAUGACUUUUUCUACACAUCAGGUGCUAUGUCCCUGGAGCCAGCGGAGGCGGAUUAUGAAUGAAUGUUUGAAGGAAUCACAUCAACAUUAAAAUGUUUUUCCAUAACUGAUCAGAAAUGUUUGAUUUGGACUCGCAUGCGGCUGUUUUUCCAUCCCGCUGCUGAAAGAAAGUUGCAGAACCCUUAUUAUUAUUAUUAUUAUUAUCUUGUAAUCUUAGGAUUUAAAUUCUCUCCGUAUUUGUUUUAAGUGUUAAUGAUAGAUUUGAAAGUGUUAUUUCAUGAUCAUCAGCUCCAGCUUGUUUUUCUAGACGUCACACAUACACACACACACACA